UUAACUGGCCCAUCUAAAAGGUCUAAGUUCUUUAUCACAGACAAUUUUAAGCCUCCUUAGCAAAAUUUAUUAUAAAUGAUAUCAUUUUAUGUUUGUUUACAUCUGAAGCAUUUAACAUGCUAAUAGAUAAGUGUCACCAAAAUGUUAGGUGAGCUACAGGCACUAAUAAUUGGUUGUUGCUACUUCUCCUUAGAUCCCCCCUUGAAAGAAGAAGACUCGACCUUGAAGAUCCUUCUAGCGGCAAUUAGUGGAGCAGUUCUGGCCGUGAUCCUCUUGAUCGUCAUCUGCUGGCAUGGCCCAGGAUGCAUCAGAUCAGCACAGGUUUCAGGAAAUGGACAGACAUUAUUGGUGAGUGCGAGCGAUGUCCAGGGCAGAGUGAAGAAGCUGUCAUGUGUCCUUCGACAGAACCUGCAAGUCGACGUCCACUACGACCAGGAACAACUACAGCACAUAACAGCAGGGACCGGACUGGCGAAAUGGUUUGAGGACAAGGCAAAGAAUUCUAACAUCCUAGUUGUUUGCUCCAAGUUAGGAAAAGAAAUAUCGGAAAAGAAACAAAGGGAAAAUUAUUUCUACCAGGCUCUGGAACAGAUUGGACAAAAUCCUGCAUUAUCCCGCCGUGUAUAUUUUGUAUGUUUUGAUGGACAUCAUGAGCAUAUAGAUGUCUUCUCAUCCAUUAACAAUCAUAAUGGGGUUAGGAUGAAGCCAGGUUGUUUCAGUCACUCUUCAAGGAAUGAUGGAGUGUAUGUUUUGCCUGAUGACUUUUCAAAUCUAGGACACAAGCUGAAGAAAGGUGGAAUGGAUAAAAAUUAUAAGUUAUCAGAGUCUUGGAAAGAUUUCUGUAAAGAAAUGGUAAAUCGUCAACCACCAAGAAUGAUCUUCAGAAGGAACCAUGCAACAUCCUCCAUAGCAGAAAGUGAUGCCGUAUCUCGCAUGACUACUGAAACACUUAUGCGGUAUCCACAGGCUCAGUCCGUGGGUUCCAUCUCUGAUCAAAAUGACGACGAGAGUGGGGAAGAUGAAGAGCCAUGUCAGCUUGCCUUAGCAAGCAGAUUCUUUCUUGAUCAAAAGAAUUGGAGACCUUCAACAAAUCUCUUGACUUUGAAAGAAACAGAUCUUGAUAAGAGUUGUGUAAGUUUAGAAGAGUUUUCAGAUAAACCUCAUGGUCAAAGCGAACUUGAAUACAAACACUCACCAGAUCUGCCAAGUACUUAUGCUCUAGACUCUAGAUUUGUUUCAAGUCCAAUGAACUCAGUUGAUCCAGUGUACACUGAAAAGAAAUAUAUACAAAAUGAGUUUCAUCCAUUGCAACCCCAGCAUGGGAUGGGAGAUGGACGACAAAGAAUAUUGAAUGUUGGUUAUUGCAAUGUUGAUCAGCCGAACCUUCAUCCUGACCAGUAUGGAAUCGGAAUAGGGAAAUGUGAUUACAGUUUGUCAGGUCAAGGUUAUAACCCUUACCUUCAUUAUGGCCAGCAGACAUUCAUUGACAGUGGACAUUAUGACAACAGCCGACUGUAUGACGAUAGUGGACAGUGCGAUUCUGUGGGUCACAGCUGUUCUGCAGGCUGUUUUGAUCCACGGGGUCAGAUGUUUCAGCAUCACAUGCACGAAGGACCAUCCACUUUUGACAAGCAGGGCCAUACAGGCAGGUAUGUUUCCCCUAACCAGCUUCUACAGCACCUUCCUACAGAGCUGCAAUCAGACUGGUCCAGUGUCCAUCCUGCCAUGUAUGGGACGCCAUUCAUCCCCUCACAGCACCCAUAUCUUUAUCAAGAAUAUGAUAAAUCUUUGUUUCAAGGUCAAAGUAUUCCUAAGAGAAAACAGUUUGUGAAUAAUCCACAAGUUCAAAGACAGUCUGCUCCUGGCCCUUGGGAUGGAGACUUGCAGGAAGGUGUUCCAUUGUUCAAUCCUUCCUCUGACGUCUGUGGUCCAGUGUUACCACACGUGGUGAUGGACAGACUAAGCUCAGGAAGUGAGUGGGAUGCACCCAACAUUGAUUUCUGUCCACCUGAUGUUUUUGGUGGAAGUGAUGAUAAAUCAUUAACUUUUUGCAUGGAAUCAGGACAGUUUGUCAUCGUACCACUGUACCAUGGUACGUUACCAGGCAACAGUCAAAACUGUGCACCUGACAGCAGUGAAGACUCUGCUCCUCAUGUUGAAGUGAAGUCGUCCAGUAACCCUGAACUAAAAGUUGACGGCGACCAAUCACAAGUUUCAGAUCAAGACAGGAAUUUACGCGAUCAGUCUCUGGAAGAACAGAAGAGGCAGAGCAGGUAG